AUGCCAAAUGCGAGCAACGAGGAACAGCCUCACGAGGCAGAGGUGCCAGUGCGCCUCUCGCUACCGUUAGAGUUCCAGCAAGAGAUAUUUCACGAAUUGCGCGAUGAAGAUAUUCUCCUUGUCUUAGCCCGUGGGCUCGGGUUAUUACGCAUCGUCACAAACUUGCUACAUUCUUAUGACGCUGCGGGACACAAUCUUGUGAUCCUGCUCGGAGCUGAUGAUCGAGAGAACGACUGGAUUGGAGAGUCGCUGGCCGAGCAUGCAGCUGUCAGUCAAAGUCCGUUGUGCAGGGGCAUGCAACUGGUCAAUACGGAUCUCACCAAUGUGCCUCAGAGGGAGAAAAUGUACAAGCGCGGCGGCAUCUGUUCUAUCACCAGCCGAAUACUAAUUGUUGACUUCCUGAGCGGCUUGCUUGAUGCAUCGACAGUCACCGGCUUAUUGGUGCUUCACGCAGAUCGUAUUUCUGCCACCAGUCUUGAAGCUUUCAUAAUCAGGUGUUUUAGGCAAAAAAACAAGCAAGGAUUUCUCAAAGCUUUCUCAGAUCAACCUGAGCCUUUUGCCAGUGGUUUCCAGCCAUUGACAAGCAUCCUCCGAAAUUUGUUCUUGCGCAAACCAAGUCUAUAUCCUCGAUUCCAUGUGUCUAUAGCAAAAUCGCUUGAAGGCAAGCGCAAAGCUGAGGUCAUCGAGCUGGAAGUCCCGAUGACCGACGCGAUGCGGAACAUCCAGAACGCUAUUCUCGAAUGUGUUGAGGUAUCCAUCUCCGAGCUGAAGAAGGCGAAUAGUAACGGGCUGGAUAUGGGUGACUGGAACCUUGACAGUGCCCUUCAUCGAUCAUUUGAUGUUAUUGUCCGAAGACAGCUGGAUCCGGUAUGGCAUCGUACCAGCUUCCGUACGCGACAAAUUGUUCGUGAUCUUUCCCUUCUGCGAGCCAUAUUGCACGCUCUACUUACGCAUGACGCUGUCAACUUCAAUCGUUAUCUGGAGACCGUUCACGCCGCAUCACAGCCACCUCCUGGUUCAACACGUCACAAUCAAUCCCCUUGGCUGUGGCUCGAUGCAGCGCAUGUUCUGUUCGAUAAUGCGAAAAGACGUGUCUACACCGGACGCAUUGUCGAUGCUGCCCCGGAUGUAGAAGCAGAUGGUUUGAAUCCUGUGCUCGAAGAACUACCCAAAUGGGCAUUGUUGGCCGAGAUUUUGGAGGAAAUUGAACAAGACAUGUAUUACAACCCCCGCCCGCAAGAGGACUCGAGCGGAAGUGUCCUCAUCAUGUGUAAUGACCAGGCCACAUGUCGUCAACUUCGAGAAUACAUACAGACUAUGCACUAUGAUGCCAAGACAAGCAAGUCAAAUGCAAGCGAAGAAAACGAUGAGGAGCCGGAUCAGAGUAAGGCAAGUGCUAAGUAUAUGAUGCGUCGCAAAUUGCAGAACUAUCUUGCAUGGAAGCGGGAUUUCGCCAAUGUCAGCAGCAAUCUCUUUGCGGCGAAUCAGAACGAGAUCAAUGGUACGAGCGGUCACACUGGGAAGCAGUCCGGACGAGGCCGAGCUCCGCCUAAUAAAAGACGGAGAGUCCGAGGUGGCGGUACAUCCUCUGGUCUCAAUCGAAGUGCUGAUGGCACUGUACAAGUCGCAGGUGACAAAGAUGCCCACAUCCAGUCUCUAAUGUCUGACCUUGCGUCUCAUUCAAUUGAUGACCCGCACGCGCCCAGGCUAGAUCUGGGAGCGGAUCCUCUUGACGAUAUGGAUGAUUACUACGAACUUUACGACAUGAAAGACCUGGUGUUAAUACAUCCUUACGACGGAGAUAAUGAUGACCAUUUACUCGAGGAAAUCAAGCCGAGAUACGUAAUUAUGUAUGAGCCCGACGCUGCCUUCAUUCGAAGGAUUGAGGUCUUCCGCAGUAGUCAUGGUAGCCGGCAGGUCCGCGUCUAUUUCAUGUACUACGGAGGAAGCGUCGAAGAACAGAGGUAUCUGUCUGCGGUUCGUCGAGAGAAGGAUGCUUUCACCAAGCUGAUUCGAGAACGCGGCAACAUGGCAUUGACAUUUACCCAUGAUAAUGAUAACACAGACCCGCAAGAAACAUUUCUGAGAACGAUCAAUACGCGCAUUGCUGGCGGUGGAAGGUUGGCAGCUACUGCUGAACCCCCUCGAGUUGUCGUUGAUGUACGGGAAUUCCGAAGCAGCUUACCAUCAUUACUGCACGCUAGGAAUAUGCAGGUUGUGCCGUGUACGCUGACGGUCGGCGAUUAUGUGCUGACACCCAAAAUUUGUAUCGAAAGAAAGAGUCUGAAGGACUUGAUUUCCUCUUUCUCAGAUGGAAGGCUUUACAACCAAGCCGAGACAAUGUUGCAGCAUUACGAAAAUCCCAUGCUCCUGAUUGAAUUUGAGGCACAAAAGGCAUUCAUGCUGGACCCUUUCGCGGAUAUCUCAUCGACCAGCACGGGACCCUCGUACACUGGACAGGAUCUACAGUCUAAACUCGUUUUAUUGUGCAUUUCGUUUCCCAGGUUGCGAAUCAUCUGGAGUAGCUCGCCUUAUCAGACAGCCGAAAUCUUCGAAGAGCUCAAGAAACAACAAGAUGAGCCUGACCCGUUGAAAGCCGUUCAGAUCGGUCUCGAGAACGGCGAGGACCCUGAAACACGCACAUUCAAUCAGACGCCUCAAGAUAUGCUUCGGGCAGUCCCUGGCGUGACGAAUAAGAAUAUCUCACGAUUGGUCAUCGAAUUUGAGAACAUUCAGGAUGUUGCGAAUGCGGAAGAAGAUGCUAUCGCAGGUAUGAUUGGAAAGGAGAGUGCUAGGAAGAUUCGUUCAUUUUUUGACCGCAGCGUCAUUGAUGUCGGAGCGGAUUGA